CUCCCCGGCCCGGCAUGGCGGCCGCCGCGGGCUCGCGCGGCUCAGAGUCGGAGCGGCUCCUGACCCCCAACCCCGGGUAUGGGACCCAGACGGCGGGGGCUGCCCCGGCCCCUGCCACCCCCCCGGAGGAGGAGGACCUGCGGCGGAGGCUCAAGUACUUCUUCAUGAGCCCUUGCGACAAGUUCAGGGCCAAGGGACGCAAGCCGUGCAAGCUCAUGCUGCAGGUGGUCAAGAUCCUGGUGGUCACUGUGCAGCUCAUCCUGUUCGGGCUUAGCAAUCAGCUGGCCGUGACGUUCCGGGAGGAGAAUACCAUUGCCUUCCGACACCUCUUCCUGCUUGGCUACUCGGACGGGGCAGACGACACGUUGGCGGCCUACACGCAGGAGCAGCUGUACCAGGCCAUCUUCUAUGCCGUGGACCAGUACCUGAUACUGCCAGAGGUGUCGCUGGGCAGGUACGCCUAUGUCCGGGGUGGUGGUGGCCCCGGGGCCAACGGCUCUGCGCUUGCUCUGUGCCAACGAUACUACACCCACGGCCACGUGGACCCAGCCAACGACACCUUUGACAUCGACCCGCGGGUCGUCACUGACUGCAUCCAGGUGGAUCCCCCAGAGAGACCCCCGGGCCCCCCCAAUGAGGAUCUCGGCCUUGUGGACGGCAGUUCGAGUUAUAAGAACCUCACCCUGAAAUUUCACAAGCUGAUCAACGUGACCAUCCACUUCAAACUGAAAACCAUCAACCUGCAGAGCCUGGUUAACAAUGAGAUUCCAGACUGCUACACCUUCAGCGUGCUGAUCACGUUUGACAACAAGGCGCACAGCGGGCGCGUGCCCAUCCGCCUGGAGACCUGGGCCCACAUCCAGGAGUGCAAGCACACCAGCGUCUUCAGGCACGGAGACAACAGCUUCCGGCUCCUGUUCGACGUGGUGGUCAUCCUCACCUGCGCGCUGUCCUUCCUGCUGUGCGCCCGCUCGCUGCUCCGCGGCUUCCUGCUGCAGACCGAGUUCGUGGGCUUCAUGUGGCGGCAGCGGGGCCGGGUCAUCAGCCUGUGGGAGCGGCUGGAGUUCAUCAACGGCUGGUACAUCCUGCUGGUCACCAGCGACCUGCUCACCAUCUCGGGCACCAUCAUGAAGAUCGGCAUCGAGGCCAAGAACCUCGCCAGCUAUGACGUGUGCAGCAUCCUGCUGGGCACCUCCACGCUGCUCGUCUGGGUGGGCGUCAUCCGCUACCUGACCUUCUUCCACAAGUACAAUAUCCUGAUCGCCACUCUGCGGGUGGCCCUGCCCAGCGUCAUCCGCUUCUGCUGCUGCGUGGCCGUCAUCUACCUGGGCUACUGCUUCUGCGGCUGGAUCGUGCUGGGGCCCUACCACGUGAAGUUCCGCUCGCUGUCCAUGGUGUCCGAGUGCCUCUUCUCGCUCAUCAACGGGGACGACAUGUUCGUGACGUUCGCGGCCAUGCAGGCGCAGCAGGGCCGCAGCAGCCUCGUGUGGCUCUUCUCGCAGCUCUACCUCUACUCCUUCAUCAGCCUCUUCAUCUACAUGGUCCUCAGCCUCUUCAUCGCGCUCAUCACGGGCGCCUACGACACCAUCAAGCACCCAGGCGCCGGAGCCGAGAAGAGCGAGCUGCAGAACUACAUCGCACAGUGCCAGGACAGCCCCACGUCGGGCAAGUUCCGCCGGGGCAGCGGCUCGGCCUAUAGCCUCCUCUGCUGCUGCCGGGACCCCUCGGAGGAACGCUCGCUGCUGGUGAACUGACCACGAGACCGCGACUGCCACUGGACCUUCAGCCUGACCCCUUCCCCGGACUGCAGUGGGGGGUGUUGGGGGAGGGGCGGGAGAGG